AUGGCAACCGAAGCUGCAACUCACCUCAACGGAACCUACGCCCACCACCAGUCUGGCCCGUACCAUACUGAUCCCUACCAUAAUGUUAAUGCUUCCGCGCAUCAUCAGCCGAGUAACGCUUCAACUCCGGCUCCAGCGCAGCAGGAGUCGAAAAGUAAUGUCCCAAAGGAUGAAGUGGCGUGGUUCUUUGUGGAGCAAUAUUACACCACCUUGAGCCGUAAUCCCGACAAACUCCAUCUUUUCUAUUCUCGUAAAUCUCAGUUUGUGUCUGGAGACGAGGCAGAGAAAGUCAGUGUUGCCGUUGGUCAACAUGCCAUCCAAGACCGCAUCAAGUCACUCGACUAUCAUGAUACCAAAGUGAGAGUUUUGAACGUGGAUUCUCAGGCCACCUUCGAUAGCAUUCUGGUCUCCGUUAUCGGAGAGCUUUCGAACAAGUCUGAGCCUCCACGCAAGUUUGUUCAGACCUUUGUCUUGGCCGAACAAAGAAACGGAUAUUACGUUCUCAAUGACAUUAUUCGUUUCUUGGUCGAUGACGACGAAGAAAUUAUCACAGACGAGCAAGUCCCCGAUGAGACUCCCAGUGCUAAAGCCCCCGUGGAGCAAGUGGAGGUCCAGGAAGAGGCUACUCCUGAACAACCGGAUAAUGGGCGUCAGGCUGAUACGGAAGCUGCCGUCCAGGAAGUUGAUGAGAAAUUGGUGGCUACCGCCAAAGAGCCUGAGCCCAAGACAGAGGAGGCUGAAGCAGCUGUUGAGCCAAAACAAGUCACCGAACCUUCCACUGCGCCUGUGCCCACCACAGCAGAGGCUUUGGAACAAGAGAAGCCCAAGGAGCCAGAACCUACUCCCAUUGUGUCACCUUCUAAGGCUGCAACCCCGGUUGUUGAGAAGGAGAACAUACCCCCUGUCAAGCCUGCUUCCAUGAGCUGGGCAUCCAUUGCUUCUUCGAACACUAAUAAAGCAGCUGCUGUCGCCACGCCAGUUGCUGUACCACAUCCUGUUCCAGUUGCACAACCUAGGGCAGCUCCUGUUCCUGCACCCUCUCAGCCAGCCCAGCCAACCGUUCCCGCUAACGGCGAGACUGCGCCAAGCCAGACUUCUUCAAGCUCAGGCUCUGAGUGGCAAACUGCUGGUAGAGGACGGGAUGAAAAUGUGCUUGCGUAUAUUAAAAAUGUCAAUGAGAAGGUCGAUGCCGCUCUGCUCAAGCAGACUCUCCAGCGUUUUGGUAAACUUAAAUAUUUUGACGUGAGCCGCCAGCGGAGCUGUGCCUUUGUUGAAUUCGCAGAUGCCGCUGGCUAUAAGGCUGCGGUUGCCGCCAACCCCCAUCAGAUCGGCACCGAGCGUAUUACCGUUGAGGAACGUCGCCCACGACCAAACGCCUAUGGAGGCAAUGGUAGCUAUGGUCCUGGUAGGGGUGGUGCUGGUCGAGGCCGCGGCGAUCGUACUGCGAGCCAAGGGCGUGGUGGGUUCCAAAAAGAUUCUGGGCGCUUCACCCCUCGAGGCGGUCGUGGCGGAACCAUUACUCCUAAAGGUCGACCCCAAUCUCAAGCCGCGUGA